AGAUAUGUUCCAGACAACUCUCAUUAGUCAGUUAGUUGUUUUGGGUUGGACCGUCCCUGGCAGGAAAAAGGCCGAGCACCUUUUGCACGCUAAAGAGUGCAACAUCGUGAUCAUGGCUCUUGGGCAUGAACUUGGAAUCAGAAUCGUACCGAAGUCUGGGUUUCCCGCAAAUAUUUUACGAGCGAAGAAGAUCAACGUCAUUGAGGACGCAACAAGUUGAUACGUCUAACGAUGGCCCUUUUACCGUGGAGAAUGACGUUGAUGUGUCAAUUGUCUCGAUGGAGUCUGAGUCCACACUUAGUCCACUGGUGGAUGUAAUCAUGAGAGAAGCUCCCUCCAUGUCCAUGGCCGACCUUCGACAUGAGUGCAAUGAACACUCGAACAGUAACCGACCGUCAGAAUUGACGGUACCGGAUGUCAAUGCAGAUCAAUCAUCUCAAAUGAUAGCGAAUGAGUCUACUAGCAGCAAUGAGUUGAUGCUAAUAGAGACAAAUUUCGAUGGUCUAAUUCGAAUGGAGUUCCCAGAGGCGGUCGCGACUUUUCAGGAAGGGGUUUAUAAUGACUAUGAAGAUGACCCGCACGCAGUUACAAGUUCCUGGCCCGAAGAAGUGACAGAUAACACGAAUGAGACAGAAGAACCUUCAUUGGAACUUCCAUCGAAAAGCCAAAACGCCACAGCGAAGAGGAAAACUUACGUGAGGGAGGAUAUGCACUUCAUCCUCGUACACGGCGACGCGCUUGUACUAUCUGGAGAUGACUUUGAAUACGCGAUUGAGAGAAAGGGAAUGGGAUUGUUGUUGGUUGGAUCUAUGUAGUUUUUAAGGAUUGUGUAUGUACCAUAAUAAAAUAUUAGCCUCAUCCACCUUUUCACCACUAGUCAGCACUGGAGUAAGCCAAUUUUCUCGAGGGCAUG